AUGAGAUCCAACACUAUUCAGUACGAAGCACUGGCAGAGCAGAUUGAAUCCCUUCUGCGAGAUCCAGAAAGUACCAUCGCACAGAUCAAAGAUGAAGUCACUCGUCGUCGAUUGAUCGAGGCCGGACGCAAGCUCUCUGUUUCCUUGGAACGGCCCAGAGAGACAUUACGCAGAAUUGGUUAUGCACAUCUCCAACUACCUCUCUCUCUCGUUGGUGUAGAAACCAAGCUGUUCUCCGCAUCGGCAUCCGAGCCUCGCCCUUUCAGCAUCGCAGAACUCACAGAGAGGGCCGGUGUAGACAAAAACCUGCUGAAAAGACUACUACGGUACUACCAAGCAACAGACAUCCUAGCUCAAAACGACGACGACACCUACCAAUCCACCAACGUAACUCGAGCUCUAAGCAACGACGACCACGCGAACUCCCUUCGCUGGACACAUAAAAUCACCGCCCAAGGAGCAUUGAACCUUCCCUCCUGGCUGCAAACCCACCAAUACAGCGAUCCAGUCGGCAUCCUACCCACGGCAUGGAGCAGCGUCGUUCCCACAGAUAAACAUCCCUACGAAUGGUUAGCAGACAAUCCAUGGGCAUUGAAGCUUGCGCAAGCACACAUGAGGGUUCAACGCGAAGGAAGACCAUUGUUUUUCGAUGCUUUGGAUUUCCAACAGCGCUUCGCUCAGAACACGACUAGCGAGACGCUGCUGUUCGUUGAUGUGGGUGGCUCUACAGGACCCCAGUCUCGUGUCCUGCGUCAGCGAUUCCCGGAUCUCCCUGGCCGAGUGCUUCUCCAAGACCGACCGGAGGUCAUUGAGCAGGCGAAAGCUGAUCUCGCGGCUGCCCGCAUCGAGGCAGAGGUAUAUGAUAUCUUCACGCCGCAGCCUAUCAAAGGAGCAAGAACUUACUACACGCGCAACAUCUUUCAUGCCUGGGGAGACGCUACAUGCGUGGAGAUCUUAAUCAAUGCUAAAGCAGGCCUGACGGACCAGUCAGUGCUCCUGAUUGAUGAAAUCGUGCUUCCUGAGCGAGAUACUACGGCGCAAGGGGCGCAACAUGAUAUUGAAGUUAUGAUUUGCGUUGGAGGAAUAGAACGCACAAAAGCUCAGUGGGAGAAUCUGCUGAAUAGCGCUGGAUUGAAAAUGCAGGAAGUGGUAAAUUAUGACACGGAUUUUGAAGAUUCUGUUAUCAUUGCUGGUCUCGGUCUCAAUUGAACAUCUCAUCCUUUCUAUUUUGUCGCCGUUUGAUUUGUUGCCAGGGGCUAUU